GAUCUCCAUUCCUGCUUCAGCUUUUGUCUGUGAAUGAUGCCGUCUGCCUCAAACAACACCAAGUUAGAAAAACAGGUCUCCGGCACCCCAGCGGAGUCUUCAAGUGACAAUAAUAAUGCCACAAAUCCGAUGAAACAAGCUUUAGUAACAAUCGAACAUAAAAUUCGCAACCUGGAGAAGCGCAAGACCAAAUUGGAGUCCUAUCGAGCGAUACAGGCCUCCGGUAAGGAAUUGAGUGCUGACCAAAAGGCUGCAGUUGCUAAAUACGAUGCUGUUACCCAAACUCUGGAAUUCGCAAGGGAUCUCUCUAAGCAGAUGGUCCAAUUCUCUAAGGAUGCCGAAAAGGAGCAGAAGAAGCAAGCAAGGAAGGAUGCCAUCGUAAGGGCACAAACGGAAACAAGUAAGAUUCGUGAGGUUCUAGUUAUACAGAACAUUCUGACAAACAUGUCCAUCGAUGAGAUCCGUCAAGCUUUUGUAAGUGGUGAGAAUUGCGCUGUCAAAUUGGAGCCAGCCGAUCUGGAGAACUUGGAUAAAUUCUAUGCGGAUAUCCAAGUAAGACGCCCAGAACAGACUGAAGAUGUUCCAUUUUUGACUCUCGCUCAGAAGGCUGCAGAGUAUUUGUCUAUGACUAUCGAUGGUCGCCCCAAACAAUAUGGAGAGACAACUUUUGAGAAUUUAAAGCGUAUUUGUCAACAAAUUCAAGAAUCUGGCUACUUGGAUAAGAUUCAUUGCGCCAAUCAACCUGAGGUUGUUGAAGAAGCAUCUGUUGUCGCAGAGGAAGUCAUGGCAAGUGAACAACAAGAAGACCAAGUUGAAGUGAACGAAGAGAGCGUGGAAGACGAUGAGGUUGCAGAUGAAAUUCCUGAACAGCAGCAACAACAAGAUGAACCCCAUCAAAUUAUUCAGGUCGCUCCGAUCUACAAUGCCAACGCCCCGGUUGUGAACAACGUCUUUGUAAUGGAGUCGAAUGAAGUUGCAUCCGGUUAUGUUGCCCCGCAGAUUCAUAAUCAUAUGCAAACCACACCACCUCCCACUGGGAUCGCCCAGAACCAACAACAACCACCACAGCACCACCAACAACAGCAGCAACAACAACAACAUCAACAACAUCAACAACAGCAGCAGCAACAUCAACAACCGCAACAUCAACCACAGCAGCAGCCACCCCAGCAACAUUCACGCCAAGUGGUUCCUAGCCCAGUGAAUAUGCAACAACCAACUGGUAUGCCGCAAGUAGUUCCCGCUGCAGUUGCAGCUGUUCCACCGCAUUUCCCAGCAACAACAGUUCGUGCUGUUGAGGAAGCCUACUUCAAACAGCAGCAAUACCUGCAGCAGAUGCGUCCCUUGGCCGAAGUCAUUGGUGGAGGUAAUUUCUUCUUCCUGCAGGACAGUGAAUUGGAUUCUCCAGAAGUUGGUGGUGGUGCCACAGCCUAUAACAACCCCAUCGAGGUUCAAACGCAGUGCACAAACGUUUUCAAUCAACACCCAUCGCAGCCACCACCUUCCCAUCAACAGCACCCAAUGCAGCAAAUGAUCCAGCAAUCGCCAGUUCCCCAGCAACAGACAGCUCCUCCAACACAACAGGCACCACCACAGCAGCAACAACAACAGCAGCAGCAGCAACAACAACAACAACAACAGCAACAACAACAGCAGCAACAACAGCAACAGCAGCAACAACAACAACAACAACAACAACAGCAGCAGCAACAACAACAGCAGCAACAACAUUUGCCAAAGGGACCUCAUGUCAAUAUUGCCGCGCCAAUCCCCACACAAACAUUCACAAACCAAUCAUUCCCUCCACUAGUGCAAGCAGCACCUGCACUCUAUCCUGUAGCUCCCAACUCUGUGGCCGCUUCACUCCAAUCCCCUCUUGGUUGCGUCGCAGGAGACAAACAGCAGCUGCCCCAAGCAGUAUUUUCACCAUCAGUGGAUGCCAGGCCCGCAAUCCUCUCAGUUCAACAUCAAAUAAUUGCAGCCACUGGCCAUCAGCCACAACUGGAGCAACAGCCAGGAGCGGUAGUGAUGAUGAACCGCGUGCCAUUGGCUACUUUCCAACAGUUCGAAAACAGCCCAACGGCUGCUCCCGUGCAGGUGCUAAACCCAACGCCAACCCUCCAACAGCCAAGCGAUCCAUAUGCUGAGCAAGUCGAGACUAUCAAGGAUGAAGUUGCCGCUCUAUCGACAACAGAAGAGAUCAACACCAGCCCCUCCACUGAUUGGGAGACCCCAAAUGAUCGAGAUGACCGCCGACGCGACACCUCCCAAUCGAAGCCAGUGGAACCGUCGAACCAAUGGAGCAGUGAAAUGAACAGCGCUGCUUUGUUCAGCAGUGGUGGAGGCAAUCAAUCCGAUUCGAGCUCCAACGCCAAUUCCAAUUCCCGGAAGAACGAUUGGAACGACGACAACCACCAUCAAAGCCGCCACGAAAGUAACCACUGGUCGAACAGCAACCAUCAGAACGACGGCUAUGGCGGUGGAAGGCCCCGCCAUAACAACUACAACCGAAACGACCAACGUGGUCGCGAUGGUGGCCGUUCUAACAAUGGAAUGGACCGCAUGGAUCGUGGUGGCAUACGCGGCGGCAAUGGUGGAGGACCAGGUAUGGGUGGAAGUGGUGGCUACCGUGGCAGAAGCAACUACUCCUCUCAGUCGCAACAAAACGGCGGCGGCAGAGGCAGCAACGUAUACUUCCGCGACAACGGCUACUAUCAAAACGGAAGUUCCAACAACGGCAGCGGUGGCGGCAGUAACAACGGAGGCAGUGGAGGUUACAACAAGGAAGGCGGUGGCAACAACCAGCGCUACGACAACACAAGCAACUACAGAUCUCGCGGAGGAAACAACAACAGCACCAACAACAACAACACCAACAGUCGGAACAACACAGGCUCCACCAACGGCGGCACCAGACCCUCAAUGUCGUCAAUGUCUGGCACUGGAAUGAACGGACCGCGCACAGGUGGAAACCGCCCAUCCGGCGGCGGCGGAUCCUCCAGUUCAUCCUACGUCAAUUCCAGGCAACCAAACCCAAGGCAACAACAGGACGUUGCGUAAACAUACAAAAAUUUAAGCAGGAAGCAAUUAAACAAAAACAAAUUAUAAAACGUGUGCUCGCAUCCCAGAAGAAGCAGCGCACUUCAAAAAAGAAUAUCUAGUACUAACUUGCAGAGCGGAAAGGCAUAUUAUUCAUUCACACACAAAACAACUGAACUUCGUCUUUAAACAAACAAAACAAAAACAACAAAAAAAAAACAUAUAUAUACAUAAACAAAAAAAAUGGAAAAAUCUUUAAACAAAAAAAUAAGUAUAACAAAAAUCAAGUAUUUAUGCUUAAUAUAAUUUUCAACUAUUCUUAUUCUAUAUUAUAAUUAUUAUUUUAUGUUAUCUUUAAACUUAAAACAAACACAUGAUGAAAAUGAAAAGAAAGAAAACAAAAAUUAUGAAAUUUA